AUGGCUUCCUCUGCCGACUCCCUUGGGGGAAGCUUACUGGCUUGGGUACAUUCCUUCGAACACGUCGGCAAAGUCGAGCAUUUAGGCGAACUCAACGACGGCAAAGCCCUCUGGGCCAUUCUGCAGGACGUCUCGCCCGAUUACUUCGCCGGAAGUCUCCCGGAGCCAGAGAUUGGCGCGUCGAGCGAAUGGACGCGAAAAUGGCAGAAUCUCAAGCACUUGGAGAAGCAGUUGUCCAUGUACUAUCGCGAUGUCUGCAAUGGUCAGACGGAUCCCGCAGCUUCCACAGGCCCGGAUCUGCAAGCUGUUGCUGCGGGCUCUUCGAUUCCCGAUCUGGAGAAGUUGAUCAUGGAGAUUAUUCGCGCUGCCAUGGCUUCGCCGGAGUCGAAUCAGAGGAUGGGAAAGAGGUUGCUGGGGUUGGGGAAUGAGCAUGCCAUGGCGAUUGCGUAUGAGAUUCGGAGUAUGCAGGAUGCGGAGGGGCCGCCGGAUACAGCGCCUGGGAGUCGGGAUGAGUCGGCGUAUCAGUCGGAGCAGGAGUUGCCGGAGUCUAGACCUGUUUCGAAGAAGGAGAAUGGUGGGUUGUUUGGGGAUCCUUUGCUGGAGAGGGAGGAAGAGCUGCUGCAGGCCCAGGCGACGAUUGAGAAGUUGCAGGCCAAUCAACUUCAUGCUCAGAGGCAAUUGCAUGAACUUCGGCAGGAUAAGGAGUCGCUUCAAGAGGCGUUUGAUGCUUAUCGCUCGGAGAUCAACACCAAAGGGCGGAAGCCGGGAGGUGGGGAGGAUAGUUAUCUGAAGCUGCAGCGACAGGCUGAGAGUGAUCGGGCAUACAUUGAUGAUUUGGAGAACCAGUUGCAAGCUUCUCGAAAUGCUGUCGAGGCUGCUGAGAGUCAACUACAGCGUGCCAAAGCCGAUCAUGAAGCUGGACAGACUCUCCGCGAUGAGCUGCAGAUGUUGAAGACGGAGAACGACGACCUGAAUCAAAAGGUCAAGGCGAAUGAGAACCUCAAGAAGAAGAUUCAAGUCCUACAAGAGCAAGACAAAGUCAAUGCAUCACUCCGUGAAGAGCUUCGACAGGCCUCCGAGCGGCUCGAAGAUCUCGAUCGCCUCAAGCAGAUGCAAUCCAGCUUGGAAAAGGAGAUCAUCGAGAAAAAAGGGCUGAUCCGAAAUCAAGAAUACCAAAUCAACGAACUGACCACCACGCGCAAACACGCCGAAUACGACGCCCGAGUCCUCGCACAAAAACUCGAAGCAGCACGAGACAGACAAGAACGCGACCACGAAGCAAUCCAAGAACUCAAAACCCGUCUACAAGAGCACUCCCCAGACGACGACAUGGACAUUGAACCCCCAGAACAAAAUAGUCCCACCGAAACCUCCUCCUCCACUCUCAACAAACCCGCCACCCGCAAACCCGACGACGAAAGUAAACCCUACAAAGACCAAUUAGCCCUCCUAGAAAAACAACUCGAAGCAGCCGACGCCCGUCUCAAACAAGCUUCUCAACGCUACGCAGCCCUAGAAGAACAAACCCAAACCCGCCUCACCACAUCCGCAGACAACGAUAAAAACGAACAACGUCUCCAAGAUCAACAAGAAACUAUUGCGGAAUUACGCAAAGCGUUGGAAAUCACCACUACUAAUCAACCUCCUCCAAGGGAUAUCCUCCCUCCGGAUAUCGCGGCGCUGCAGAGGGAAAAUCGCCUCAUGGUUUCUGCUUGGUUUGAUUUGUCGGGACGAUUGCAGCUUAAUGGGACUUCUUUGGGGAGGAGGAAGGUGGAGGCUAGGAGUUGGAUCGGGAGGCAGAGGGCGCUUGUUGGACCUGGGGGUGGUGUGGUGAGUCCUUGA